AUUAAACGCAACACCGCGCCAUCUUGAAAGUUGAGUUAGGAGGCCUUCCAGUUCCUGCAGAGCCUUCCCCACGACAAGCCACUUUUGGAUGUGCGCCUUGUGAUCUACCGAGAAAAUUAUUCGAAACUAAUAUUUUCCUCCACGAUCACCCAUCUGUAUCAUCGCGACUUCGUCCAGGUUUGCGAAGAACGGUAAAUUAGUCGUCCAGAUGUCGUGCGUCACCCGUGUAUUUAUUUAGCGCUUAAACUAGCUUUAGCAAACAAGCUCGCAAGAACGACGCGAUCGGACUAGGCGACUGCUUCAAAAAACAACUUGGAUAAAUCGUUACUUUUCUCUUGGAACUGAAAGGAAUAAGUUCUGCACUUGCUGGACAUUUAUCACCUGUCCACGUCCAAACAAAAUGAUAACCAGGAGAAGAGGCAAUUGCAGCACUCCACUGAAGUCCCUGGAGGUUGAAGUGAGCACUGCUGUGAAAACCAUAGAAGAUCAUCAUCCAUGUCUCCCCGAGGAGUUCCAAGUUGAUGACUUCAAUAUGAGAACGGAGUUGGAUGAAUUUCUGGGAAUCGAAGACCUGGAAUGGUCUCCUGAGGGAGAGACAACGUCGCCAGUCUUUGACCUUGAGCUUGGUCAUUUUUACAGCAGCAAGAAUGAAGAUUCUGGUGCAGAAGUAUCAACCGCCUCCUCUCCAGGGAGUGGGUCAUCCGCCAUGAAGAUGAGAAAUAAGCAACGGCAAGCAAACCAAGUCAGCAACAAAAAUGCAAUCGCUGCUCGGAUGAAUCGUCUCAAAAAGAAAGAGUAUGUUAACAGCCUUGAAAAGAAGGUGGGCAUCAUGUCCACGGAAAAUAACACGCUCAAAACAGAAAACGCUCAGCUGACCAAACGAGUGGAGGAAUUGGAAGAUGAGACCAGGUACCUGCGAGCUGUGCUGGCCAAUGAGAGCAUGUUAGCUCAGCUGUUGUCACGGCUGAGCGGUGUGAAUGGCAUGAAAUUAUCCUCCUCGCUUUUCCAGGGCGCCGACUCAAACGAGCACGACUACUCACUGCCACGGAAACGUGUGAAAGUGGAGGCCAAAGAGACAUCUGGUGGCGUGUGCCUCCACGUGGACAAGAACCAUGUCUCUGUGGAGUUCUGCACUAAGUGUGCAGCCAGUGCAAGUGCCGCACUUAAAAUUUUCUUCUAGGUAAUGGUUGCUUCUACCAAUGAGGGAUGAAUGGCGCUCUGAACACCUUAACCUGCUUGACUCCCAUGGUAAGGAUCAGAGCGGAGAGUGUUUUCCCCACUAGUGUUGAAGGCAUUUUGGUCAAAGCUAGUCUGUAACAGCUAUCAAAAGAAAUCUUGAAUGCAAGAUGUAUAAAUGACGGUGAAGGUCCACAAAGAGUAAAUUGGCUAUCAGAUUCCAGAAACAUGGAAGAGGAUUCAAAUGGAAUGUUUUUCCAAUGGAGCUCUUUGUGAACCAGCACCAUGUUACAGAAGAAUCCCUUUAAUAUAGAGCCACCUGUUUUUCUUUAUUGCUGAAGUGGAUUCUGCUGGUGGAGGUUGAAGAGACUGGACAAGCUGCUGCCACCGUGGCCAUUUUUGUCUCUCUCUUUUUUUUUUUAAAGGUAGUAUCGGUAAAAAUGGUAUUUGUCAUUCUAUUUGCCACAUAUUUCCUAGUCAAGAGUUUCUUUACUGUUUUUUGCGAGCUCAAUACAACUGCACUAUGAGUGUUUUUUGUUGUGAUAAUUGAAAGAUUAUAUCCAGAAUCAUCUGCUUUAGGUGAUUAUGUUGUCAUAAGAUGUAAAUGUGUACAUAAUUUGAUAAUUUGAAAGUGUGCCCGUUGAGGUAAUUGACCUCUGCAAGAAGAUGAACAAAUAAAUCCUAUUUUAACUGUUUCAGUUGCAGAUAUUUACAUUGCUUUUGUGUGUAUUGUUGAUAUUAAUGCAUCUCUCUUUCUCUUUCUAAACAGCAAGCUCUCUCCCGAUAAAGGUCUUUCUUUUCCUCGGCAUUUGGGUCAAGUCUGGUAAAGGUUCCAAGUUUAAGGCAUGCGCUGAAAAAGGUCCAUAGAGAUGAUCUUUUACAUUUCGGCCUUUUUUCCACUUGGAAAGAAAUGAACAGAAAUAUCCUUAAGUCGUUCAUAGUUUUAAUUUAUGCACAACUAGGGAUGGGCAUUUGACCAUGUGACCUUUAGGUGAGAACAUUUUGUCUCACGUGUACAAUUGAAAUCAAGCCUACAAUAGCAGAAUUGACAGGAUUUUGUAGAAUAUUAAAAAUAAAAAAAAAGAUCAGACCAAGAUAAAUUAUUUCAAAACUUGAAGCCCCUGUUAUCUGUAUAACCUGCCAACGCAAUUGAGUGGAAGUAAAA